ACUUUGACAGACUGAUGUUUCCGCAGAGAAACAGCGCAGCUUCGUUUCUGCGCAUUUUCUCAUUCUGUCAAGAGAACUGCAGCUGAUCCGGAUCAACACGAGAACUGAUCCGGAUCAACACGAGAACUGAUCCGGAUCAACACGAGAGAACCUGCCGCUGAACCACACAGACAUAGUCCUUCAUCAUCUCCCGCAGAGUCUUCCUCACCGGUGAUGUUGUGUGUUCUGAAGCAGCAUCAGUGACGUCCUUGUGUGUUUCACUGUUUCUGUGAAGUCUACAGAAUCAAACCCGUCAGCUGGAUCCAACAUGGCCGCUCCAGGUGCACUGUGUGUGUGUGUCCUGCUGCUGCUUCCUGCUGCGACCGCUCUUCAGUCUGAGGACAUCGAGUGUGCCUUCACCGACAACCUGCAGGGGGCGGGGCCUCACAAUGGACCAACCAAUGAGCUGCGAGGAGUGGUACGAGAGAAUGGCACGAUCCGCUGCAGCCGCGGCUCCCGCUGCUAUGGAUUGUGGGAAAAACAAGCAGACAGUGAAAUGCACCUGGUGAAUCAAGGUUGUUGGGCCGGUGACCAGCCGGAGUGUCAUGGUGACCGUUGCCUGGUAACGGCAACGCCCUCUCAGAUCCAGAAUGGUAACUACCGGUUCUGCUGCUGCAGCCGCGACCUUUGCAACUCCAACUUCACAGAGGCCCCGCCCACUGCUGACACCCCCGCCCUGAGACUGAUGAAGAGUGGUGACAGACAGACAGAUCAGCAGCCGCUGAGGCGAGAGGAGACAGCGCUUGUCGCUCUGGUAACCGUUGCCAUAGCAGCCAUUCUCAUCAUGGCACUGUUCCUGGGAUACCGGAUGAUGAGAGGGAAACAGAAACACGCUCUGUCGGCUCUGGACGUGUUGGAGGCUGCGAACACUGAGUCUGUCGAUCUGGACAAUCUGAAACUGCUGCUGCUGAUUGGUCGAGGUCGUUACGGCGUAGUGUUUCGUGGCAGUCUUAACGAGCGCUGCGUGGCCGUCAAAGUCUUCAGCUCGGCUAACCGGCAGAACUUUGCUAACGAGUGCUCGAUCUACUGCCUCCCUCUGCUGCAGCAGCAUGACAACAUCAGCCGCUUCCUGACUGCUGAUGAAAGGACGACAGCCGACGGACAGCCAGAGUUCCUGAUCGUCAUGGAGUACUAUCCACACGGCUGUCUGUCUCACUUCCUGUCCGUCCACACAGUGGAUUGGUUGACGUGCUGCCGGAUGUGUCAGGGUGUGACCAGAGGUUUGUCCUUCCUGCACACUGAGCUCUACAGAGCAGACCAGUACAAACCGGCUGUGGCUCACAGAGACGUCACCAGCAGGAACGUUCUGGUCCGAGCCGACCUGUCAUGCGUCCUCGCCGACUUCGGGCUGUCCAUGAGGCUGACAGGACACCGGCCCUGUCGCCCCGGAGACGAUGACACGGUGGCAAUAUCUGAGGUGGGGACGGUGCGGUACAUGGCGCCGGAGGUUCUGGGCGGAGCGCUGAACCUCAGGGACUGUGAGUCGGCUCUGAAGCAGGUGGACGUUUACGCUCUGGGACUACUUUACUGGGAGAGCUUCAGAAGAUGCAGCGACCUGUUCCCAGGUGAAACAGCACCAGAGUACCAGCUGGCGUUUCAGGCGGAGCUCGGGAAUCAUCCGAGCUUCGACGAGAUGCAGAUCCUCGUCGUCCGAGAGAAACACAGACCGAGGUUCCCUGACGCCUGGAAGGAGAACAGUCUGGUGUUGCGUUCACUAAAGGAGACGAUGGAGGACUGCUGGGAUCAAGAUGCUGAAGCUCGACUCACGGCUCAGUGUGCAGAGGAGAGACUGACUGAACUCACACUACUGAGUACACACACUGCAAUACACAACAACAGGAAUCUGUCUCAGGGGCGACAGUCUCCUCGAGUUGGCUCCGCCUCUUCCCACAUCGAGGACCUGCAGGUGGGCGUGGUUAAAAAUCUCCAGGGAGACCCACACCUUCCAUCUGUUGUCAAGACAACCACGAGUGGAGCAGAAGGCCCCGAAAAAAACCGAAACUUAAUCAACUAUGAACGGCAGCAGAGUCAAGCUCGCUUGUCCUCUGUAGACGCCCCGCCCAGCCUGAUGCCUGCCCCCGUCCUCAGCACCGUCUCUGAAUCUGAACACAGACGUGGCACUGUUCCCGUCUGCCUGCAACUGACAGAAGAAGACCUGGACGCCACCAAGCUGGACCCCAGAAAGGUCGAUAAGAACCUGAGGGAAACUUCUGAUGAGAACUUAAUGGAACAUUCACAGAAACAGUUCAGUUCACAUCCACAAAUCAGCAAUCUGCUGUCACAGGCUCUACAGACUAACCAGGUGAACAACUCUGUGACGACUCAUCACGGUGAACUGGGGGGUGUUGAUGCUCCUCCGUCCUCCUCCAGCCACCCCCUCCCCAAACAGCAGAACUUGCCCAAGAGACCCACAAGCCUCCACCUUCUCCCCAAAACCAUGGAGACACUGUCGGCCUCUUCUCGACGGAAGUUGGAGAAGCUCAAGUCGAACCACAGACAGGUGGAAACAGGCGUUGCUAAGAUGAACACGGUGCCAGUUGCCGCAGCAGCAGAGCCCCACCUGGUGACCACGGUAACCAACAACACCAGCACUAGAGGCAGCGUUGCAACUGGGAAUCUAGUCCAGUCCAUAACGGUGGCUGCCAACAGCUACAGUGUGGGGGUCCCCACCCUGGUGACGAACAGUAUGAUCACUGGAGGUCGAACUAACCCGGCAGGACCACAGCUGGAGGACGAGGACAGGGUGGAGCAGGGGACGAUCAGAAGAGAAGACAGUCAUCUGAAUCUACUCAACUUCAGUCCUGAUGAAGACGAACCACUGCUGAGGAGAGAACAGCCUCCGGCCAAAAGCCAAGACCUUCCUCAUCAGUCACGAGCAUCAGGACGAGGAUCGAACUCCAACAACAACAACAACAACAGGAUGGUGUUGGGAGCAGAGGUCAAGAUCCAGGAUUCAGAGGUUAAAGCUGAGAGGAUGAAGGGUUCAGAGGUCAUUCAGGUCAGAGACAUCAUCAGUCCCAAACCUGAGCAGAUUAAUGGAACUCCAGUUACACAAGCUCAAGAUCCAGCCCCCAAAUUCCCAACCUUUUCAAACGUCUUAGGUUUAGAAACCUUAACCAAUGCCGAGGAUCCUUCGGCUGCAGAAACUCGCACUGCAAGAAAUCCAGCCUCAGAUCCAGAAGCUCCAGAAUCUCAAGAUUUAGAAACCACUGCUCCUAAUGAAGCCUCAGAUCCAGAACCUGCAGCUCUGCAAGUUUCAGCCGUAGAUCAGGUGGAACAGACCAGAACCAGGAGACCUGAGCGUCCCUGUUCUCUGGACCUGUCCUCGUCCUUCCCUUCUUCAGACGAUGUUUCCCUGACAGAUAAUCGGAGUGCUUCAGGAGAGAAAAUAAAACGUCGUGUUAAGACACCUUACACUCUGAAAAAAUGGCGUCCAGCCUCAUGGGUUGUUUCCACGGAUACAGCUCUCGACCCAGACUUUGAGUUCAACACCGAUGGCAUCAACAGCAGCCACACUCGCAUUUCUUCUGGUCUAAAUAGAGCAAGAAGGGUCAGCAUCCCUAAACUCAGCCAGUCGAAAUCCAGCAUGGCUGUGUUCUGGGUUGGAUGUGGAGCGGCCGCGACCUCUGAGCCUGACGGGAAGAGCAGCUUCUAAUGUUUUCUGUUUUCACCUCUUUGUCUUCCUUCUCUUUCAUUGAGGAAAAGACACUUGUGUCGCCCGACUUCUCCAAGCAAACUGAACCCGAACCCAUUUUUUUACAGAAAUCUCGACGGAAGCGAAACAAAGAUUUGAUUGACUUGGAAACCUUUUGAAGAAUCAACUGUUCCGUUCUGUUUCUAUCUGACCUCGAACCUUCGGCCUUUACCAUACAAAGUAUCGCGAAUGCCAACUAAGUCACGUUUUUAUUUCUGGUGAAUUGAUUUCCAAACUUUUAGGUGAUUGGCUCAUGUUGUAAUUAAUGUUGUGUUACUUGAAGUUGUGGCCUUUACCCGACCAUGAAUCUGUCAACUUAAGUGAAGGAACUCUAGCCUGUGGUGGCAGAUGGGGCUUUGAUCCUAUCUGGUUACAAACGUCUGACGGCGGGAACCUCCUCUGCGGUGGAUGUUUGGGCUGAAUAGAAGAAGAAUCCUCCGGCUUUUAGAUGAUUGGCUCCUGUAGUGAUUUGUUGUUAGUUGUUGGACAGUUGAUGUGUAGGUGGCCUGGGUCCGAGCUGGGCAACACAAGAAGGUUCCACUCACCUGUCGUCACCUGAAGAAUCUGUGUGUCUUGUGGGUUGUGAGUGUCGCGGCCUGUGGGUGUGACCCUGAUCCUCCCUGAGACUUUCAGCUCUUUCCGAUGCUGGUGAAGUUAACGACGCUCCGUAGAUACUUGGACUCCUGCUGUGACUUGUAGAUGUGGUGAUUGGCUGGUCAGCCUCACCAAAGAGGAUUCGGUCAAAUCUAAUGUCAGAUUAUUUUAUGCACUUUAAAGAAAGUUUGUGUUUCAGAAAACCUUCUGAGGGACAUCUCGUGCAAUUCCAGGAGAAACAAUGAUUUGAACUCCGUACGUUUCUUCUGUGUCUUUGUCGAAUGUGAUCCAAGAGUUUUUUUGCUUUAAAGCCCAAUUGUAGCUAUGCAGUCAUUUCCUCCUGGUGACGUGUAAACAGAUCCACAUCAACUCUCUUUGCUUUUGCACUUUGCUUUACGAGCUGCCUCGUGAGGUCCGUCGCACCACGUCAGGACACAGGAGCUAACGUUUGAGAAAAGGAAAAGAGAAGAGCCGCAAAACCUCGGCCACCAACAACCUCAGGAACCUGUCGACGCUGAGGUGGAACGCUGACGGAGGAGAUGAAGAAAGAUCUGAACUGUCACAACGAAGAAGGUGAAGAACUGAAACUGAGACAACAGAUAAAAAACCUUUAAGCUGAAUGAUUGACAUGUUUGUAAAGUAGCUUCAGACAAAGAAAGUUCAUCUGAUGGAAACAAAUUAAAGAAGAUAAUGUUAAUGUUGAUAAAGUUUAUCCACCACAGCACUUUUAUUAUUUUAUUAUUAUUUCAUUUUAUGUCCAUUUUAUUUUAUUAUAUAUCCACAUUAUUAACUGACACACCCUGCCUGUCGUCCACUGCCUUAUUAAUCACAAGUGAAGUUUUGGGCAUGAAGUGGAUUCUAUAUAACAAUAUAUCAUUUCUGUUACGUGAAAGGUUUUUGGAAGAAGCAGAAGCAGAGUAGUGAUAGAAGUUUAAAAUGUUUUAAAUGCCAAAUUUAUUAAUGAACUUUGGUAUGAAAAAAAAAGACUGAAUCAUCAUUUUCAUCUUUUAUUUAUUCAAAGAAGAAAUUAACAUUCAACAGAAUCAUUUUUAUAAAAAGUGACUGAUCAGCUGAUUUUAUAAAGUUGUUUUUUAUGUGACGCACCUUUUAACUACGUGAACAUUCCAUUAAGCCUCAUUAACUUUUUACUUCAUUUUCUUUUCUGUUUAUUGUUUUAGGUUGUUCAUAUAAAAUAUAAAAACGUUAGCUACGUCAACACGGUCGACGUAGCUAACGUUUAUAUCUCAUUGUUUUAUUGUAUUGAACUUUCAAGGCUUUUUGUUGGUUUUGUAUUUUGUACUGUUUGUAACAGAAAAUAAAGAACAGUGAAUAUUAAGUGAAAGUUCAUGUUACAGUGUUUUCUCUGUUUCCAUCAGACUGAAGUGAAGUAAUUUUAUUUAAACAUCUGUUCUAUUCUCUGUCUUUUCUUUGUUUCUGUGGUUGAUCUGAAGUUUUAUAUAAAUACUGAACACUGGUGGAAAAACCCUUUAAACUGUCUCUUAUAUAGUCGUCAUAAUAAAAACUUUAAAAACUAUUUCUACAUUUACUUUCAAUCAAGCUUCUUGUAUGAAAGAUCACACAGAUGAAAUGUUAAUCAUCAUAAACGGAGGAUGUGUUUUUGAAUUCUUCAUUUUCUCGUGCUGUGUGAAACAUUUUAGACAGAACAGAUGCAGUAUGGGUAAUAGUGUUUCUAUAAAGUCCUCAUUAUUAUUCCUUGUUAAUGUCUCGUUCACAUGACGCAUGAUGAACUUUCUCAAUCAGCCUUUAAGCUUCAAACUCAUGAAAUAAAGAUGAUCAAUGUCA